AUGUGGCUGCUGGAGAAGCUCCGUAGCUCUGUGGAGACCAAAUCCCAUCAACCCCAGACAAUGGAGGCCAUUCCUGUCUCAGUUUAUGCCAACGUCCUGACUCCAGAAAGGAUCCCUGAUUUCUUCAUCCCCCCUAAACUUAUUUGCUGCCCACCAGAGGAGUCUCUAACCCCGGAACUUCAGCACUUCUCCACAUUACGACCAUCUGUUUCUGACCAUGCCAUCUGCAGCCAGAGCCCCAGAGUUCGGAGCAGCAAGAACCCCUGCAGCCCUCGCCUCUUUUCGCGCCUGCAGGGAGGGGACACACGCAAUCUCCAGAAGUCAGCCAACCGGCACAUCAUCCAAAUAGAGAGUGCUGAUGAACCGGGUGCCGGAUCUGUGGACAGGGACAGUGUCAACACUAAUGCUGACCCCCAGUCACAGACUGCAAUGUCUCUGCCUUAUGUCCCCAAGGCUCAGACCUCGUAUGGCUUUUCCACCCUGGUGGAGUCUCCUCAUACCCGCCGCAAGGAGAGCCUUUUCCACAGCGACCCCAGCAGCCCUCUCACCUCCCCGAACUCCCAGAGACACUUCCAAGGGGGGGCUCUUCUGGCCCCAGCUGACCCUAACCCAUACCGCUAUUUCAGUGGCGGAGAGAGCGACACCUGCUCCUCGGCAGAAUCGUCCCCCUUUACCUCCCCUCUGCUGUCCCGCUCUGCCUCCCUCCUCCGCUCCAUUACCCAGGAGACACACGCCAAGGUAUCUCGUGCCAAGCGCUCACUGGCACGCCACAGUUCUCUCUCCACUGAUGAAUGCAGCUCAGCAGACAACAGCCCCAACAUGCAGCGCCGCCACAUGCGCUGCCCUCCCUCUCCCGCCUUCCGUGCAUAUAAAGGCAGAGGCCGGGGGGGCACAGCGUCGGACCUUCUGCAGCGUGAGCACACCAUCAAUCUCCACAAGGGGGGAACACUGAGGCUGAGCACCCACUACGACCCAGAGGUCGCUCGGCUGAGGGUGCGUGUGCUCACAGCCGAGGCCCUGUACGACCGGCAGACUGACUUGAAAAGCAUCAACUGUUGUGUAGCACUCUACCUGAACCCUGGCAAGCAACAGAAACAGAGGAGCACCAUCGUCAAGAACAGCAGGAAUCCAGUAUUCAACGAGGACUUUUUUUUUGAUGCGCUGCCCCAGACACAAGUAAAGUGUCUGACCAUGAAGAUAAAAGUAGUGAACAAAGGAACCAGUCUGAGGAGAAAUGUGCUUCUCGGAGAAAGGGAGGUGCUGCUCAGUGAGCUGCUCGCAGGCCUCUAG